AUGGCCGCCGAACAACGGAAGCUGCUCGAGCAGCUCAUGGGCGGCUCAGCGGCGACUCGCGCCGCCCAGCUUUCCAUGACGGACCCCAAGGUUUGCCGCUCCUUCAUCGCCGGAACUUGUCCGCACGAUCUCUUCACAAACACGAAGCAAGACCUAGGCGCUUGUCCGCGGGUGCAUUCGGAGGCCCUGAAGGCCGAGUACGACGCCUUGACCGAAAAGGAGAAACAAAGAUAUGGCUUCGACUACGAUUACAUGCGCGAUCUACAAAAGUACAUCGACGACUGCAACCGGAGGAUAGAUGCGGCUCAGAGGAGGUUGGAAAAGACGCCCGACGAGAUCAGGCAAACAAACGUGCUGCUCAAGGGUAUUUCGGAGCUUAGCUCCAGCAUCAACAACGGCCUCUUGGAAGUCGAAAUCUUGGGCGAGAUGGGCGAAGUCUCUCGCGCCGUGGACGAAUACUAUCGUGUCCGUCAAGCACAACAGACGAAGCUGGACCGCGAGCGCGAGCUCAAAGAACUCUCCGACACUUCUGGGCCUUCAGGUCAUCAAAAAUUGCAGGUCUGCGACGUUUGCGGCGCCUAUCUCAGCCGUCUCGACAACGACCGUCGCCUGGCAGAUCACUUUUACGGCAAGAUGCACUUGGGAUAUGCGCAAAUGAGGAAAACAUUCGAUGCAUUUCCUAAAGAGAUGCGUGGCCGUAUGCGUGCGCCCCCAAUGGAAGACGACGGCAUGGGCUCUGGCGGUCCGAGGGGCUCACGGGGAGGCGGCGGCGGCUUUCGCGGACGAGGAAGGGGCGGAUAUCGCGGCGGCUGGUAA